CAGCUGAUGGCAGCCAUUAUUGACAGUCAAUUCCAGUUCUGUGCUAGUUUCUUCUAAAGUAAUCAAAGAAAUCACUUAUUUUCUGGUUGUAAUUCACGUCUUUGGAUAGUAUUUGUGAUUAUAUUAUCUGUGAAUAUAUUUCAUGAUUCAUUGUACAGGAUAUUAUUGUUUGAUUAUGUGUUAGAACGAUGCUUUUAAAUGCUCGUUUGUCCAUCAACGGAGUACCGUAUUUGGAUCGCCAGAAAGUUUUUUAGUAAUCUCUCUUUGGAUCAUCAUUGCUCGUAAUAAAAGCCCUGUUUCUUGUUCUCAAAUGUGCGAUAAAUUGCAGUGAGUUUAGUUAUUUGAUGCAAUUUUGUAUCUUUUGACUAAAAUUCUUCUACAUCCCAAUCGUCCUCGACUUACGACAACCGACAACCCACUCCAGUUGCUACUUGAAUAGAUGAAGGUUCUAAACUUAUGAAAUGGAAAGUGGAUUAUGGGGAGGAAGUUGGCCACGAUCUAGUCGUGGAAUCAAUUUGAACGGAGCCGCUGAUCACGGGUCCAAAGCACCAAUGUCUGGUCAAGCGGGAAAUGGAGGGGAAGACGUGUGCGAUGCCGAGGCUGAGAAGAAGGAGAAGAUGAAGAAGCCAGGAACAAGCAGCAUUCGACGCAUUCCGUCGGCGUCGAAGCGGGGUGUGCCGAGCACCCCCACGCCGGCCGGAGCCAUCGAUGAGGAGGCAUUCAUCAGGGCGUUCGAGAAUGUGCCACAGUUACAGGUAUUCAGUGCCCGUGAGGUGGACGACCACAUGACGAAGAUCCGCGACACGAUUUCCGACGCCAAUCAGGAUUGGGAGAAGCGUGUGGACGCCCUGAAGCGCAUGCGCUCUGUGGUGGUUGCCGGGGGCGCCAACUUUGACGAGUUCCAUGCGCAGAUUCGCCUCUUUGUUCCCCCGUUCCAGCUCUCCCUCAAAGACCUGCGUUCCCAGGUUGUCAGGGAGGCGUGUCUCACCAUUGCCUAUCUCUGUCGCACCCUCGGGAAUCGUGUGGAUCGGUUUGCCGAGAACCUACUGGCGCAUCUGAUUGGGUUGCUGUUGAACUCUGCGAAAAUCAUGGCGUCGUCAGGGUUGGUGUGUAUUAGGUUUAUUCUACAGUAUGUACACAACAACAGGUUGAUUCCGAUUAUUUGUGACCAUCUUUCGAAAUCGAAGUCUAAAGAGAUUAGGAGAGCGUGUUGUGAGUUUUUGGAUUUGAUUGUCCAUUCGUGGCCGACGCCUCCUAUGGAGAAGCACAUAGCCACACUGCAAGCGGCGAUCAAAAAGGGGAUAGCUGAUGCGGACAGUGAAGCCAGGUUCUGUGCGAGGAAGGCGUACUGGGGUUUCAAACAACACUUCCCCGACCAGGCUGAGUCGUUGUUGAAUUCGCUCGAUAACGCUCACAAGAGAGCAGUUAACGAUCAUUUUUCAGCGUCCAGUUCGAGUAGUUUGGCCAGUUUGCCGGUUAGUCGAACAAUGUCGGCUCAGAAGUCCCUACCACGAAAGACGGUUCCCAGUAGGAAGCUGUCCGAUUCUGGUCCCACGUCCCUGGGUGCUCCAUCCACCACAGAGAGGGUGGGGAGGACCAGGAGUCGAGUGAUGGGAGUCUCCCAGUCUCAACCGAGCUCCCGGUCGGGGUCUCCCUCGUCCAGAUCGGGGUUUGGGAGCCAGUAUUACUCGGGACACUUCAGUGACAACAACCAGACCAGCUCCAUCUUCGACAGGUCCCGGAGAGGCAGCACUGGUAUCCCGAGGUCCACAGGCACCAGUCGAGAGAACAGUCUCACUCGUUACUACAGCUACGACCGGUCCACGAAGCGGGGGCGACCUAGCAUGUCGGAUCGGCCGCCGAUUCUACCUUCCAACCGACCUGUCAUGGCGCAUAAGAUGUUGUUAAAGUCGUUGGAAGCAGAAUCAGCGUUGGCGGAUGCGUUGAACCUGGAUGCUUCUAAAACACCGGAGCCUGGUGCUAGAGUGUCCCCUCGGAAAACAUCGUACCGACCGUUCGAGGAUCACAGUGACGACAGUGAGACGUCGAGUAUCUGUUCGGAGAGGUCGUUCGACUCCUACCGCAGACACUCGGACACCUACUCGUGGAACGGAUCCCAGAACCGCCUCUACGAGCCCACCCUCAAGGACAUCGGCGACAUCAUCACCAGCUGUGAGAGCACCCACUGGAGCGACCGCAAGGAGGGCCUCGUCGGUCUGCAGCUGUAUCUGCAGUCUGGCAAUCUGCUCACACCACCCGAACUGAAACGAAUCACCGACAACUUCACCAAGAUGUUCAUGGACUCGCACACCAAGGUGUUCAGUCUGUUCCUGGACACACUCAACGAUGUCAUACUGAGUCACCGCUCAGACCUCAACUCUUGGUUGUACGUCCUGUUGACCCGGCUGUUGAACAAGCUGGGAGGAGAUCUGUUGGGCUCCAUACAGACGAAGAUACACAAGUCUCUCGAUGUCGUACGCUCGUCGUUCCCUAGUGAAGUUCAGAUGUCGACCGUGCUCAGAUUCUUGUGUGAUGCUACACAAACUCCCAACGCUAAAGUGAAGAUAGCCACCUGUGACUACAUCACGAAGUUGGCUGUGAUGACUGAUCCUGGGUUAGCGUUUCCACCCCCGUCUCCCGGGAGAGUCAAAGACACUGCGACCGCAGCCCUCACCAAAAUGAUUGGCUGGACGAUGGGGGAUAGCAUCAAACAGGGCGCUGAUCUACGGAGGGCUGCACAGGAGGCGAUUCUAGCCCUCUUCAACCUCAACACACCCCAGGUCACAUUACGCCUGGCACAGUUACCGAAAGAGUACCAGGACGCAGCUGCUAGUCUCAUCAAGGGCCGUGUGAGACGCAGCAGUAGUGGAGAGGAAACCCUCAGCUCCCCUCUCAUGUCCCCCUCGCCGAAAUCGCCCUCCCCCACCCCUAACCAGCGACCUCCCCUACCGAGAUUCAGUAGCGGUGCUUCGAAGUUGGCCCACACUGAAACCGAGAAUCUAAACCCGGAUGAAGUCUACAGAUCGUUGAGACAGACUACAGCGGAGAUACAGAACUACAGUUACGGGGGAGGGAACAAUAAGCUGGAUAGAGAUACCGCGUCACAUGACUCAGGGAUUAGCCAGAUGUCGACUGGAGGCACGGAGGGUCUGGAGGAAAGGAUGGAGGAUUUGUCAUUGAGGAGUAGCAGUAGUAGCUCUGUGAGAACGGUGCGAGUGUUGACGGCUCGCGACUGCAACGGAGUCGACCUGGUGGAUGGAGAGGUGCAACCUAACGGCGUUCACAGCACUAGUGAAAGCGAGGCGAUUAGAAAAGUGAUAGACUCUCUGAAGUCUCCCGUUUCAGGUGGUGGGGAUGACGAGAACUGCUGUUCAGCGCUCACCGAGGCGGAACGUAAGGCGGCGCUGGAACAGUUGAAGCGACUGAUACGAGACAGCAGUUGCACGGCCAUCAUGGAUCAUUUCAAGUCGCUUUUGCGAGUGUUGCUGAGUCAGCUAGGUAACGGUGAAUCGGCUAUCAAGACGCUUGUGCUCGCCUCGUUGACAGAGAUGAUGAAGAAAGAAUCGCUAGCCAGCUCGUUCAACAACUAUGUAGAACUGUUAGUACUCAAGGUACUUCAAGCCUCGAAAGACAUCACUAAAGACGUCCAACGCACAGCUGAAGUGUGCGCUACAACUAUCGCAACCUUAUUGGAUCCAGGGUUAGUUAUCAGGGUUCUUGUGCCCCUAAUCACAACGGGCGACUACCCUGUGAACCUCGCAGCUGUGAAAGCGCUCACGAAACUUGUGGAGACUCAUGGCAAAGACCCGGUUCACUCUUACCUGAACGACCUCAUGCCAGGCUUGAUUCAGGCGUAUGACAGCGAGGAGAGCUCCGUGAGGAAAUCAGCUGUUUUCUGUAUGGUGGCGCUGCACACCCAUGUGGGAGAGGAGGAGUUGAAGCCUUACCUGAGUGCGCUGAGCAACAGUAAGCUCAAGCUGCUGCACUUGUACAUUAGGAGGGCGCAACAGGGCUCUUCUGUGCCCACAUCGCCAAAGAUACAGUCGUCCAGCUAAUCGCUAACUUAGAUCUUGUGUUGAGGAAACUCGUGGAGAAACGGUGUUUUGUGUUGAGGAAGCUCAUGAAGAAACUGUGUCAUGUGUUACUUGAUACUGAAGCUAAGCUAAUAGCAAACUUGUAUCUUCUAAUCGCAGACUAAGAUCUUGUGUUGAGGAAACUCAUUAGCAAAUAUGUUAUGUGUUAAGGAAACUCAUGAAGCUACUGUAUCAUGUGUCUCUUCAUCAUGUGUCAGAUUGUGUCUCUUGAUACUGCAGGUGAAGGAACACAAGGCGCUUUUGAAGGAGACGUGUUUCUUCUCAACAACAACACAGAAAUAUGAAGAAUCUGUUGAUGAAAUAGACGUUGAGAAGUUGUGGUAAUAACAAUAAAGCUAUAGUUCAACAAUAUCACAAAUUUGUACACAAACUACUAAGAUAAUAUUAUGUUUGAAGCAAAUCAACUAAUAUCAUGGUGGGGAAGAAACAGAUUUAUGAAGCUGUAGAUAAGAGUUUAAAGGUAAACGCACACAGUAACAGAUGGACGUAUGCAGCCAGACGGGGGAAAAUCUUGAAUGUUGUGUGCAUAUGUCUGUUAAUGUCUGCAUGCAGACGUUUCAUUUUUCUCUCCGUCUGCCUGCAUACGUUUGUCUGUUGUUGUGUGCGUUUGAAUUUGAAUUUUUGUUGAUAACAAUAAAGCUAUAGUUCAACAAAAUGAAAAAAUUAUUACUUUUUACUAUUAGGGUACCUAUUAUACUUGGAGCAAAUGAACUAAAGUCAUGUAGUGAGGAAACUAAUAGGUUUUAGAUAAUUUUAUGUUGUGAAGUUUGUAGUGAUAAACAGUAACGCUUUAUUGAAUAAAUACUAUUUAUAAUUGUUUCACUCGUUGAUUUCUGAUAACAACAGAGUCAAGUUAUAGCUAAAAAAUCAGUGGUUGUAACAAUCUCCAGUAGUUUCUAUUCAAUAUCUAUACAUCACUUUUAAGAUACAACAUCAUGAAAAUGAAAUCUGUAGUUCGAGUUAAAAAAUGUAUUUGAAAUUUUGACAAAGUAAACAUAUCGUCAUAGUUCAGCAUUGUAGAAGAAUAAUUUAUUACACUUGUACUACUUAGUUAUGAAGCUUUAAACAAGUUACACAAAAUAUACGAGCUGUGAAAUAAUGUUGAAACGUUUGUGAUUAUAACAUGCUAUUGUCAACUCUAGAACUACGGUCUGGUUUGAAGAAAAUGAAGUAAGGGAUGUAUGAAUUCAAAAGACGAUAUUCGAUUGUUAAAUAUUGGCAUAGAGAAACGAUAGCAUAAGUAGAUAUCCCAUGGUAUAGGGUGUUUAUGUCGCAACUUUUACUGUUAACUCAAGCCGAUUACUGUCGAUCAUUGUAGAUUUUUACUGUUUUGGCCGGGUGAGAGUGUUUGAACGUCACAAUAUGAGAGACCACAAGCGUCACACAGCUUCACGGGAAAGAACUACGUGGACUAUCGGCUUGAGAUAACAGUAAAAGUUGCGAAAUAAACGCCCUAUACCAUGGGAUAUCUACUUACGCUAUUGUAUCUCUAUGAUAUUGGUUACUGUUGCUGUUUAUCGAUUUGUGAUAAUAUUUAUAAAAAUACUAAAAUUAUUAAACUAAUAACUGAUAAAAUUUUGCAUGUCUUCGAUCAGCUUUUCAUCUUGAUCAUGUUUGAAGAAAAUAUUUUGAUAUCAAAAGAUGAGACAGAAUAGUUUCUUGUUGAAGGUGGAUUUGUGAAAGUUUUUGAAUGUUUUCAAAGUUGAACUAUAACUUUAUUGGUGAGAUAAUAACUAUAGCUUUAUUGUUAAGGUAAUACCAUUUACAUAUUUGUAGUAAACACUAAUAACUCGCACUUGGUUUUUGAACGAAUUGAGUACUUUGAGCUCUCAUUUCCAAAUAUCUCAGGCGUUUUACUCUCUUUUGUAGUUGAAUUUCACAAAAAAAAGAACGCGAAAAACAAAUAAAUAUAUAGGUGCUUCUUGUAUUGCUUAGGUAUCAGUGCAUAGCAAUUGAUUUGAACAGUUUUUGUAUUGUCGAUAAUGGUGUCUUGAUGCUAAUGUAAUUGUAAUAUUGUUGAAUGGCUGGAAAUGUGUAUUUAUCGUGGAAAUAUUUUUAGAGGUGUGUGCCGUGCCAUUCUGUAAGCUCUUUCAAGCAACUAAUUAGUACUCAUUAACUCCUAUACUCACCUGUAUUUUGUUCCAAUAACAACCACAAAAUCUCUAAUCUAUUAGAAGCUUUAGACUAAACUGUUAAAAACUCAACUAGCUUGUUGAAACUAAAUCCAAUCAGCGAUUAUACACUCAAGUUAUAAUACACUCUUAAGGUCGGUUGCACAAAAUUUCAUUCCAAUUCAAUUUAACCGCCGUAAAAUGAUUGCAUCCGUUAUAUUACAUUAUUUUAACGGCAGUUAAAUGUGAUUGGAUACUUUUGCACCGACCGUUAACUGUUAAUUUUUCUUAACCACACCCACGCACCCUUCUUGUACUGUAAUUUAGUUGUUUCAUUGUAUAAUUAUUGUUUAAAUGUAUAAUGUUAAUCAUUACUCCCAUUGUUAUGUAAUUAUUAAAUGUCAAUAUCACAUAUUAACAAAAUAAUAACUUAUUUUUGGAUCAUUUCAACAACGACUUUUGAUACAGUUAUUGAAUUGAUGAGUUAAUGCUUUGAUAAUUAGGUCGAAAUCACAAACUACUAAGAAUACUAACGUACUGAUUAGGAUGACUUGUAUAUUUUUGUUUAGACUCAAAAAAUUAGAACUCUUUGAUUAUUAUAGAAGUCAUGAAUUAUUAUAGAAUCUAUAGACGUUUCUGCUCGGUGACAGUUCUAGAUCUAAAUAUCAAAAAUAUUAAUCUAAUGCAAAUAAUAAUGAUUUCAUCAGCUCAAAACUAACAACUAUCAUAAUUGACUACUAUAAAAUUAUUAUCAAAGCAACUGUCAUUACAGGAGUUCUCUCUAAUACAAUGUAUGCGAUGAAAAAUGCUGUUCCUCACUAAUGUUUUUUUUAUUAAUUUUCAACGAAAGAAGUAGUUGAUUUUCAUAAAUUUCAAACAUCAUUUUAGGUGGAAUAUUUCUUCCCAGUCUCUAUUAGUUAUUGCUAUAAAAGUGCUGCAUGUAUGUGAUGUUUGAGUAUUAUAUCUAAUUUGAAUAAAUACACCCAAUAUAAUCCUUUCAUUAAAUCGAUUUCACAUAAUAUGCCUAAAAAUAUUAGUUUUCAAUGAUUUUAAAUAGUCUUUUCCUAUUUAUCAAUAUUUGAAUUCACUUAGAACACGAUUUUAAUCCCUUGUAGAUUUAAUUUUAGAAUAUAUUUUUAGUAAUAUUAAUUUUGUGAUAUAUCUAUUCAUCAUCGACUCCAUGGGUUGAAUUUUGUAAAUUUUUUUGACUGAUAGUUUUAACCCCAGAUUUAAAAUCAAAUAUUUCUUCGAAAAUUGCCAUUUAAUUUAUCACUAUUGGUGCACUCCACAGAUUUCACUUGAAAUUGUAUUACACAAUUGAUUGUAUGAAUUUUUAAUAAUCUUUCCUUAUAGGUAGUUACUGUUUUAGAUAUAUAAGUUGUAAAAACUCUAAAUUAUUGUGACACUGGCGUUAAAGCUUUAUUUGAAUAUAAAAAUACUUCAAAUAAAUAGAUUUAGUUGUAACUGGUAAUUUCAAUUUAAAUGAUCUGAAAUUUGAACUUUACAAGCACAAAAUUAUUAUGUUUUCAAAAAUCUUUUCACUGUCAAAAUUUUUCUUCACAAUGAGUAAUAUUUUAGUAAACAUUCCUUGCAAAUAGCUACUGCUUUUGACUACACAUUAAAAAGGUAAUUUUAUUCAGUACGUAAUCUCAAAACAAAAAAAUAUAAUUUUAUUACGGAAUGUUACUACUUAAUUUUUGUUGGUUAUCAAGCCAUAAAAAUAAUGUUUGAAAUUUAUAUUCAUAAUUUUAACUUCGAUAUUCAUGAAAUUUUAAUUAAGUUUCAUUCCAAAUUUAAAGUUUGUAAUUUUAUUUCCAUUGAAAAACAUCUAACUUCCGUUGAAUGUACUUGUUAAGAAUUAUUAUUGUUGUAAAUAUUAAUCAAUAACGAAUUUUGAUAUUGAGUCACUGCAUGUCGAUUGAAAAUUAUUUGUAACCAAUCACAAGGAAAUACUAGUUUUUAAUACAUUAAAAAAAUCAUGGGAUUUUUUCUGUGUAGAAAAAAUACCAUUUUGCAUGUGGAUUUUGUAAUCCUAUGAUAUUUGACAAAGUUCUUGAAUAAUAAUAAUUGAUAAUUUAAUUCAUAAAACUCACCGUAAAAAACAAAUCAAAUAUGCGGUAAAUUUCAACUACAAUAAUCCACAAUAAUUCGUAAUAGUGGAUUUUGUUUUGUAGCAGAAACUUAAUGUGUAUUAUAAAUUCCUAAUUUUUAGUAGACUGUUAUUAAUCGAGACUUUAAUUAUUUUAGUCAUUCCAGCAAUUUAUUGCUUGUGAACUAAUGUUAUUGUUAGUAAACCUUGUGAAAUUGAUUUUGUACACUAAUGAAAUGUAAAAAAUAAUUGAAUUGAUUUUCUGAAACAUGUCACUAAAAUAAAAUAAAAUUAUAAUCUUUUUUAAAUGUCAACAAAACUUGAAAUUAAAUUUUGAAGAACUUAUCUGAUAAUAAGGGAAGUCCGAUAGUCUCCAUCUCAAGGUAGAUACAAUACUGUACUUUAAAAUUAUUGUUAUUACCUUUCUUUUAUCUAAUACAAUAAUGUAUUUUAUUUACCUUGAUUUUUGAGAUUUAUUCUGAACUCUUCAGUUUAGUUCUCAACACUUUUGUUACUUUCCACUUAUCUAUACUGUCAGUCUUAUUGUCCUAUACCUUCAGAUUGUAUAACUUGAUUACUACUAGCCUAUUAACUAUUUAUAAAAUUGUAACUGGAUUUUCAAUCCAAUUUUUAAUGGUUGAAACCCUUGAAGUGAUGUGAUGUUGGAAACAAUCAAAUUUUGAUUGUAAGAUUUGGCAAUGUAUAGUGAUGUAAAAUAUAUUUAACUAUCAAAUUAAAUUUGAAAAAUAACCCGUGUUAUAAAAAUAUGCUAAUCAUAAUGCGAGAAAUGCACAUUGUACUCAGUGUUAUUGUGUCUUCUAAUUGCACUAUUGUAAAAUAGCUUUAAAUCUCGGUUCUAUAAUAUUAUCAUCACCAUUCUGUGUAGCAAAAUGUCUCGUAACAUGAAUAUUUACAUUGUAAGCAGUCAAUAAAUUUAUAUUUUGUGCCAAGAUAUUUUUCAAGAUGAGAAAAAUCCACCAAUGGCUGUGUAAGCGAUAAUUUUUCUACAUUUUGCUAUUAAUUCGCAUAACAUUUUUCUCAUUUUCGAUAUUGUCGCAUCGUUAAUAAUUUCUAAUUUCUAUCAUCACUAUUUUAAUUUGUUCUGCUAAUGUCUGUAGUUGAAACUUGCAUCUUUAAAAUGUAAUUAUUAUUAAACAUAAAAAACAUUGUAAAUUAAUAUUUCAAUUAAAACCAGAAAGCUUUCUUAUGCAAA